CCCACCACCACAUUACGCAAGCCAUCAUGUCGUCCUCUCUCCUCCGUGCCGUCGCCCGCCGCGGUGCCUCGACUGCAUUCUUCCAGGCCAACUCCGUCGUCCGCACAACUCCUCUGGUCGCCCGCGCUGGCGUCCUCAUUCCCAUGGCUGCCGGCAUUCCGACCGCCUCUCAAUUCAGCACCACUACUGCUGUGCGCUCUGGCGACCACGGCGAGGAGACCUUUGAGGAGUUCACCGCGAGGUUCGAGAAGGAAUUUGAUGGCGUCAAUGACGUUUUUGAACUCCAGCGCAACCUUAACAACGCCUUCGCUUACGAUCUCGUCCCUUCGCCCGUCGUCAUCGCCGCCGCCCUAAGAGCCGCCCGCCGCGUCAACGACUUCGCCACUGCUGUCCGCAUCUUCGAAGGCAUCAAGGCCAAGGUCGAGAACAAGGGCCAGUACGAGCAGUACCUCGCCGAGCUCAAGCCGCUACGGGAGGAGCUCGGUGUGCCUCUGAAGGAGGACAUCUACCCCGAGGAGCAUAAAUAAAUUAAGCGCGGCCCUUGUUUGCAACCCGUCGAAGGCGGUGUGCUCGAAGAUCCGAUGGUGGAGAAGGAAAACGCAACGGAUGAAAGGAAAGAAUCCGUUACUUGACUUUCCGCUUUCUCGUGUCGUGCGUGGAGUUAGAGGAGUGAAGUUGGAUGUCCUAGUGGACGAUUUCUGGAGUUAUCUGGGUGAUCCAAAGAAAGAUAGGAAGGGGCCAAGCUCGUGUAUUCUAACCAUUAGAGGCGAAGACUCGGGAAACAAAACCCUCAAUAGCCAGUUUCUUUUGUUUCUUCCGU